CAAAUUAUACACAUUAUUAAAAAAAUAAAAAGACAUUUCCUUAGCUGGUCCUGUCACUCUCGUUAUGUAUUUCCAGCAUAUCGAUGUGUGUCCACAUGUUUCCAUGGUUACCAAGCGUCUCCAAACACAACAGGAGCAGAUUUUCAUUCACUGAUAUUGACUGAAAGAAACUGAGCAGAUUUAUAACGUCAGCGGAAGUCACUACAAACUUUGAACAUGUACAAAGUGGAUUUGCCUGUAGACGAGUCCACGGAAAAGGCUGUGGAGAGGCGUAAGGCUGCAGAAACAGCACGCAAGGCCCGCAUUUUCAACACCCGGCUUCGUGUGAUGGGUCUCGACCUAGAUACACUAAACCAACAAGUCCAGGAGAAGAAACACCAGCAAAACAUGGAGAAACAAAGGGACAAAGCUUUGGAUAAGUUGAGAAUAUGCCAAGAUGAAGUACUGGUGCAGCAGAACAAUGCUGAAAAGGAGAAGCGAAGAGUUUUGAAUUCUGAACUCACCAAUUACUGGGCUACUCAUCAGCGAGCAGAGGACUCUCGUGAUGCUGAUCUUAAAUUUGACCUGAAGGGGGCAUUCAAGAUCGCCAUUCCAGAGGAUGAGCUAGGGCCUGCCAGUAUGCAAAUCUUUAAGGGAGAGGGUGUCGGAGAGGAGCUGAGGAUGAGAGAACAAAUAAGAAAGACAGAACGAGAUCUGCGAGCACAGAUGGAUGAGAAUGAAAAAAGGCACAUGCGAGACAAGCACAUAGAGAUGCUUGUGAGCAAAGAGCUGGUGCAACAAGAUGUGAGAGGGGCUCAGCAAGCUGCCCUCGAGGAGGUGUGUAAGAGAGCUACCCGCAUCGCGCUCGACAACUACAAUCAGGCUCUGGCUAAAGAGCAAGCAGAGAAACUGAAGGAGCAACACAAGAGAGAGGAACAGGAAAAUCUGGCAGAGAUGUGGCAUACAAUGACAUCUGACAUGAUGACAGAGUGUGCAGAGGCAACAGAGAGACAGGUGGGAGGAGGGAGGCCACCACAGGUUCUACCAGACAGGUGGAAAGGAAUGAGCCCUGAACAGCUGAAAAGCAUUCAGCAGGAGAGAGAACAACAAUGCCUUGAGAGACAGAAACAGCAAGAUGCUGAAAAGAUUCGGGAUGCAGCUUGGGACCUGAAGCUGCUGAAGCUGUCCAGAGAAGCCGAGAAGGAGGAUCUGACAGCAGCCGAGCUGAGUAGAGAGCGGAGAAUUCAGAUGGACCGCUACAACAUGCAGCUGGCCCGAGAACAGCUGGCACAGCAAGAGUACCUGAAUAAGAGACUGUACACCAACAAACCCACCAAGGACUACUUUUAUCAAUUCAACACCAGCUCCCGCUGACUGCCAGUGACCUGACAUUAGCUUGUCCUCCUGUGGCAUUGGGCUAAAUAAACUUGGUUAAUCAAUGAA